AUGGCUGCUUCUCCUCUAACGACCGACGGUCCUAACGCGCAGCCUCCAGCAGAAAAAUGGAACAGCAUGGACGUGGACCCUGUGAUGGGUGAUACAGGCGACGCUGGCAACACCAUUAUACCUGGAGAUGAGCGUCACGGCGCUCCAGUACAUGGUUCAGACAAUCCAGACUACGCGCGUGCAAGCUCUGCGGUGGGCGACGGUACGGACGCCUCUGGUAAUAAGUCUGAGGCGGGCUUUCGCGGCGAAAAACAGGUCAAGCCGAACAAAGUCUACAUUGGUGGUCUGCCAGAGCAUACUCGCAAGGAGGAUCUAGAGAGUUGCUUUGGUAAAAUCGGCAACAUUGUUAACAUCGAGUUGAAAGUCGGCUACGGGUUUGUAGAAUUCGACAACCGUGAAGCUGCGGAAGAGAGUGUGGCGAAAUAUCAUGAGGGAUACUUCAUGGGCAACAAAAUUCGUGUCGAGCUUUCUCAUGGAGGAGGAAGAACUGCUAAAUAUAGUGGUGACCCUGGUGCAUGUUUCAAGUGCGGUCAAAUGGGCCAUUGGGCAAGAGAGUGCCCCAAUCAUGCCUCAAACGGCCAUCGCCGUGUGAGCCAUACAAGUGAUGCUCCCCUUAUUGAUCGUAUUCAGCCACCAAGAGAUUAUCCGCCACCCCCAAGAGACUACCCACCUUACCGUGAUGAUUACGGCCGGUAUCCGCCUCCUCGAGACGUACGCUAUCCGUACGAGUAUCCCCCGCCCCCUCCUGGACGUGACUACAGACGACCACCAUCCCCUCACAGAGAGUAUCGUGACUACCCUCCGGCUCCUCCUGUUCGCGCAACUCGUGAGUAUGAUGACUACAGACUGAGAGGCCCUCCCCCUCCGCCUCCGCCGCCGCCUAUACCUCCUCCUCGUUAUGAGUCUCGUCCAGGCUAUUAUCCACCCGAAGGUGAUGCGGCGCCUCCCGGCUAUCCUCCACGAUACGGCCCUCCGCCGCCACGCGACUACUAUGACCGCUAUGAAAGGCGACCUGGACCACCUGAGAGGUACGGUUCUUACCCUCCGCCACCUGUUGUGCGACCUCGAACACCACCUGGUGGUCCUCCCUCUAGGGCGCGAGAGGAAUUCGACCGACCACCUGCUCGUGAUUAUGUUGCUCCACCGGAACUCCGCACCCGACCGGCUAGUCCACCUGCUUCACGGUAUCCCGACUAUCCGACUCGCACUGCCACCACGGAUGCUCCUGCGCGGUACAGACGACGGUCUCAAAGCCCUCCACCUCGGGCGGCCUCCGGCGCGUACGAAUCGGCGGGCUACCAACCUGGGGCAGGUGGUGCUUCUUACACUGGCGGCUCUUCUGGUGGCUUCGCGGGCAAUGGUUACCCUAGCAGUGCUCCUGGCGGUGCUCCUCCUCGUAGUGCGGGCACUGGCAGAGACUAUCCUUCGCGACCUCCGCGCGAAUCCGGAGAACCUAGCGGAAGCUACAGGAGGCCGUAA